AUGGCUACGCAAGCGUACACUCAAGGAUCUGCUCCAUCUUUCCAGUUUGAGCCAGAUCUGACCAGUCAUCCUGAUACAUCAUACGAUCAAAGUCUCUUCGCUACUCCCCAACAAACAUCUUACAAUCUCUACGAUGCCGAACCCGACGAAUCGCGAAACCCAGGAAUCAUCAUACCUCAUCUCCCACCUAGCUCCCCCGCUUCGGCCAUCUACGAUCCUCAACCACAACCAUUCCCAGACGUAUCUUCUCGUGACUUGGAUCCAUCUGAUACGCAAAUGUCAUAUGAACCCAUCGGAUUUCAAUUGAACGAUAAAUCUCCGGACCAAUAUCAACAAAAUGAUAAUUCCGCUUUUUCUCUCGAUCUAUAUGACGAAAUGGAACUUCAAGCUGCUCUGGACGAAAUGGAGAAAGAACAAUUAUCAAAGUUGAACGAACCACCUCCUGGUUAUUCUACCACAUGGAGUCAGAAGACACCUUUGGAUGAGAUAUCGGGCAAUAUGGAUGUUUUGCAGAAUUCUAUGCUUGGUUUCCUUAUUGAUAACCCUCGUCAAGCUGCGAGAAUUGGGGGAAUGAUACAAUUGAGUCAAGAAGUUAAAGAUCAGAUCACCAAUCUACGAAAUUCAAUGUAUCCCACUCAAUGGGAUGAGAAAUUUUCUCUCCAGGAUGGAAAUGAAACGAAUAAUUCUCAAGUUUACCUUGAAGAAGGACAAAAGUUGGAUUACGACUUGAGUUCUUUCAAUUCUCAAAUACAACCCUCAACACCGAAAAAUGUCUUUGAGAUGGAAGCCACUUCAGUUAAUUCCAUCGUUGAUACGAAUAAUCAAAUCAUGUCACCAACUGCUGAAACAGCAUACAACUCAAUGUUUCUAUCACCCACUUCAGCAGUGAGAAGUGAAGCACCCUCUCCUUCGACCAUGACUGGAUCAAGAUCCGAAAUGACUUCUGAUUAUGCUCCUUCCAAAAGACGUAGUCAAGCUUUGUCUGCUUCCUCGGCAGGAGUGAAGAAGAGGAGGAACCGACCAAUCGUAGCAUGCUCAACUUGCAGGAGUCGGAAGGUCAAAUGUACGAAGGGACCGCCGGGUACGAGUUGUGUGAGAUGUACCAAGGGAAGUAUCGCUUGUUCUCAUACGUCAAAUAUGACGAGGUCAUGA